UCAACAGUGACUCAGUUCAUAGCAGAAAAACCAUACGCUGGUUUUCUUCUUGUCCAACCAGCACUUUUACAUUAUAGUGCUUCUGGAUCUUCUACAGCCUCAACUUCUUGAUGAAUAAAUGACUUUUCACCAAACGUGAGGCUGAGCUCUGAGGGGAACACGCCCACCAGCACUCACCUGAGCUGACUGUCCUCUAUCCUCACAUUUCACUGAGAGAUGUCUGAGCUGAGCUGCCGCCUGGCUUUUCAGUCACAGAGGAACAGAAGAAGUAAGGAUUAGCUCAGAGAUCUUCUGAAGAAUGCUGAUAUUGCUGAAGGCUGGUCUGUUCUGUAGCUCACUCAGUCAGUAACUGACGUCCUCUGACCAUCUCAGUGCUGAGGGUCAUGGCUUCCCCCAGUAAGUCGGCUGCCGUCUUGAAUCCUGCCUUCAAACUUUCCCGGACCAAAAGCAAGAAAAAGCAUUUUGUGCAGCAGAAGGUUGAGGUGCUGAGAGUGAGCGACCCGGUCCUUAGUGUCUUUAUGUGGGGGAUAAAUCACACGGUGAAUGACCUCUCCCAGGUGCCUGUACCUGUCAUGCUGCUUCCAGAUGAUUUCAAAGCCAGCAGCAAGAUCAAGGUCAACAAUCACCUGUUCAACAAGGAAAACCUUCCAGGACACUUUAAGUUCAAGGAGUACUGCCCGCAGGUUUUCCGCAACCUCCGAGAACGGUUUGGAAUUGAGGACCACGACUACCAGGUCUCUUUGGCCCGCAGUCCCCCCAUUAAGGACAGCAACAGUCAGGAAGACAGGCUGCUGCUGACCUCAUAUGACCACACGUUGAUUAUUAAGCAGAUCUCCAGUGAAGAAGUGGAGGAUAUGCAUCACAUCCUGUCAGAGUACCACCAGCACAUCGUGACAUGCCACGGCAUCACACUGCUCCCCCAGUUCCUCGGCAUGUAUCGUGUUACUGUGGAUAAUGAAGACACAUAUCUCACUGUGACGAGGAACAUGUUCAGUCACAGGCUGAUCAUCCACAGGAAGUAUGACCUAAAGGGCUCUUUGGUAUCUCGAGAAGCAAGUGAUAAAGAGAAGGUCAAGGAACUCCCCACCUUCAAAGACAUGGACUUCAGGAACAACAUGCAGCGAAUUUGGAUCAGUGAUGAGGAGAAGGAGAAAGUCAUGGAUAAGCUGAACAGAGAUGUAGAGUUCCUUGUGCAUUUAAAGAUCAUGGACUACAGCCUGCUGUUAGGGAUCCAUGACAUGGAGAGAGCAGAGCGAGAGGAGGAGGAAGAUUAUGGAGAGUCGCCGUGUGAGGAGGAAGAAGAGCCAGAGAAUGGUGUCUCCACUGGUUCUCCAGCUGCAGGCUCUCUCAGUACCUCACCUGAGGGAAUUGCAGGCUAUAUGAGCAGCCAAAAGCCUUUUGGUCCAGGGGAGUUUGACCCAUAUGUUGAUGUAUAUGCCAUCCAGAGUGCAGCUGGAGCUCCACAGCGUGAGGUGUACUUUAUGGGUCUGAUAAACAUUCUGACACAUUACGACACCAAGAAGAAAGCAGCUCAUGCAGCGAAAGCAGUCAAACACGGGUCUGGUGCAGAGAUCUCCACAGUACACCCUGAGCAGUACGGCAAGAGGUUCCUGGAGUUCAUCAGCAACAUCAUCGCUUACUGAAUCCAUUUCACCAACCCUUCUUCUGAAGAUCUACAAAGAUGGUUUUUCAAGUUGUUUAGGAAAGAAAAUAGUUCUCUAUAGAACCAUGAACAUUCAAAGAACCCUUUGCAUGAUUAAAGCGUUCCUCAGAUUGACGGAGAAUGUGCUGUAGCCCAAAAAAGGGUUCAGCUAUUGUUAUGGUGCCAGGCUUGUUACUGUCUAUUGUUAGAGCCCCAUAUAUAACACAUUUUCUAUCAAUCUGAACGACCAUUGUACCAUGACGAGAACACUUUCAUCAUGAGUUCGUUGCAUGAUCACAGUUCAACAUAAAACCAUUUUCUUUACCAAAGAACCCUCUAAGAACCAUCUUUUUAAGUGUGUAGAUCUCCAGGAGCACCUUGGGUGAACACUGCAAUAGAAGAACCCCUUCUGUUCCCUGACGAACCUCUCAGCGGACAGUGCUAUACCAGUUUUACGCAAGGGUCUCAAACGACACAUCAUAUUUGUAAUUUAUCCUGAAAUCCCUGCAAAUAAGUUUUUCAUUAAUCCGCUGCUAAAUAUUCAUAUCUGACUAGUAGACUUGCUUCAUCCACCAAAAACUGAUUAAUCACCCAAAUAUACUACAUAAAAUCAGCUCAGGCUGAAGAUUAUGGUAAUAAAAUCAACAAUAGAGCUCAGCACAGAAUAGGAACCAUUCAAACGUAAACCCGGUUAAUAUAAACAGUGCAAAAUUAGCACAAUUGACUAUAGUUUAGCUACUAAUAACUCAGCUAUUAUUCUAAUUUAGACCGCCAGUUAGUUAAAUCUGCCUUCGUGGAUUUAUUCAGGAUACGACAACAUAAGGAAUGAACUGAAUUAUUAAACUAACCCACUGAAAAUAUAGAAUUCUGCAACACUUCUUUUGCAGUCACUUCAGUUCAGCAGGAACACCAAUACACACGAUAUGCACUCAACUAUAUAUAAAUAUAUUGUCGCUGUCUAAAGAAAACCAUGUAGUUAAUUUUUUGGCAAUUUUUCUACAUCAUUUCAACAUCAUUUUCAAUUUGGGUGAAUGAUGAAUGGACCGAUAGAAAUGCUCUAAAUUCACUUGGAAUAUAUAAUAAUAAUAUAUUAAAAACUUAUAAUAAUUAUAGUAAUAAUAAUUAACCGAAGACUAGUAGCCCCGAUUUGAGACCCCAGGAUUAAAAGUUUUCCUUAGAACUGUAUGCCUCAGCCAAGAAUCAUUUCUUUUUAAAAGUGUUCAGUUUGAUCAUUUGUAGCGUAAAAUUAUAAUCAUUGCUUUUGUCACUUUGAAUGUGACUUUAUGUGAAUUUCAUCAUUAUUAAAUCACCUUUGCUAUCAUGCUCUGUUUGCUAAUCAUGAGUGCCUAAAUUUGACACAAUCUGUUAUUGUAACUUUAUUUUAAAUUUGACAGUUUAUUACAGAUGCUUAUUUGACAAAAUCUGAGCUGUUUUCACUCAUCAGAUGUCACUCGAUCAUCACUGACAUCUUGUUUUUCUCUUCUUUGUAUCAUUUCUGUUGUUUUCAGCCCACAAACAGUUAAGAGCAAAAUAGAAGCGAGAAAACAUCUCUGGGAUGAAAAACAAGUCAGAUGAUAACAAUAACUCAGGCAGAAGGAUUACGUGUAGUAUGUGUGUGUUCUUGCAUGUACACCAAGUACCUACAUAAAUCUGUUGAUACAGACACUA